CGCACUACGCGCAUUUUUCAAACUCGCAGUGAAAAGCGGCGCAGGGCUGAGCGGAAGAAACACUGUUGUAGCUCUGCCGACAUCACUGCUGCACAAGCAAUGAUGCUGAGUUUCGCCGUAUUUCUCUGGCUGCCUUUCUGCGCUGUAGCCGCUCCUGCCGCCUUGGAGGCUAAAACUGGGCCCGAUGGAUUUGUGAAGGUGGUUGACUUUGAUAGCCUGCCCUUGAAUUAUCAUGAUGAGGAGAAUGAAGAAGAAUUGGUUGGAGACAAAAUCUUCCACAAAUAUGAAAAAAUUGACAAGGAAACUGAUGAUAUAACUGGAGAUACAAUCCUUUCAGAGAGGGAGGUUAUUGAGGAAGAUGAUGAUGAUUUCCCUGAAAGAAAGGUUGUUGAACAACUUCACCGGCAGCAGUGAACAAUGAUGGCAGCCUCAAAGAAUAGCCUAAGGAUUGGAGAAUGGACUAGAGUGUAUAAUUUUUAUACUUCUAUUGAUAUUCAAUAUUCUCAGGAUGAAAGACCC